GAGUUUCUUCACUCCCUCCUGAGUAUCUGAAGCAGAUAGACAGCUUUCACUCUUCAACGCCAAACAGAAAGACCAGAAUGUCUUCCUACUCCCAGUCCAUCAGCGGUGGCCGGGGCAGUGGCUACAUGCGCAGCAGCAGCCGAUCCAUGUACGGAGGAUCUGGAGGCUCUGGCGUCAGAAUCUCCUACGGUGGCUCCACCAUGUCAAUGUCUGGUAGCAGCGGCGGCCGCGGUGGAGCUGGCUAUGGCUUCGGCUCUGGUGGUGGAGCGGGAAGUGGCUUUGGCUUUGGCGGCGGAGGAGGCAGCGGCGUGGACAUCUCCACCAACGAGAAGGCCACCAUGCAGAACCUGAACGACCGCCUGGCAACCUACCUGGACAAGGUGCACAAGCUGGAGACGGCCAAUGGCGCCCUGGAGCUGAAGAUCAGACAGUUCCUGGAGAGCAAGGUCGGGCCGUCGGCCAGAGACUACAGCGCCUUUUACAUCACCAUCGCAGAGCUGCAGGGGAAGAUCCAGGAAGCUACCAGGAUCAACAGCCGCAUCUACCUCAACAUCGGCAACGCCAAGCUGGCUGCCGACGACUUCAGGAUGAAGUUUGAGAACGAGCUGGCCAUGCGUCAGUCGGUGGAGGCCGACAUGGGCGAGCUGAGGAGAGUCCGGGACGAGCUGACUCUGAGCCGGACCGACCUGGAGAUGCAGAUCGAGGGUCUGAAGGAGGAACUCAUCGUCCUCAAGAAGAACCACAAGGAGGAGCUGCUGGCGAUGCGAACACGGAUGAGCGGCCAGGUGAAGGUGGAGGUGGAUGCCACUCCGGCCGUGGACCUCGAGAAGGUCAUGGAGGAGGUCAGGGAGCACUACGAAACCGUCACCAACAAGGGCCGCAAAGAACUGGAGAACUGGUUCCAGUCCAAGUCAGAACAGCUGAACAAAGAAGUCGCCGUCAGCACAGAAACUCUCCACUCGUCCAAAUCAGAGAUCACAGAGCUCAAGAGAACGCUGCAGGGCCUGGAGAUCGAGCUACAGUCGCAGCGCAGCAUGAAAGCGUCGUUGGAGUCGACUCUGGCCGAGACGCAGAGCCGCUACGCCAUGCAGCUGAAUGGCUACCAGAUGCAGGUGAGUGGUCUGGAGCAGCAGCUGGUGUCGCUGAGGGCCGACCUGGAGAGACAGGGCCAGGAGUACCAGAUGCUGCUGGACAUCAAGACCAGACUGGAGAUGGAGAUCGCCGAGUACAGGAGGCUGCUGGAUGGAGAGGGCAGCGGCGGCGUUAGCGGUGGCAGCGGCAACAGCAGCGGGGUGCAGAGGCGUGAUCUGAUGAAAUCUAGUGCACAUCAUCAGUGAUGUUCCUGAUCUCAU